CUCUCUUUCUUUCUUUUCUUUCUUCCUCUCUUUCCAAGCCUUGGGAGGGUAGAGCGGAGGAGGAGGGGUGGGGUUGGCGGGGGUGGCACAGCUGGAGUAUCGGUGGCUAGAGGCGGUGGUCCAGUCGUGCACAGGGGAUUUGAGAGAAGGAAAAAGAGAUGCUGCCCCUUGUUGCCACGGCAGCGGUGCCCAAGCCAAAAGAAAAGAAGGGAAGAGAGUGACGAGAGCUCAUUGAAGGCGGCGACGACGACGAGUUGGAGCCGAUGGUGGAGAAUUUCGACAGUAAAAACACCCAAAGGCUCCUAGAUUGAAGGAGAUAGAGAGGAUUAGGGAGGAAGGGGAGGGAUUUUCAGGCGCUGGCGGCUUGAUUGCGACAGCUCGGUAGCUGUUGAAGGUGAGAAAGAAGGGAUAGAGAGGUGGAGAGGGGUAGAUGGUGGAUUUAGCAGAAGUAUGGAUGGGGUUUAGAUAGGGAAAGAUUUAGACAGAACAACGCCUACCUAAUCCUGGUCGUUCAUCGGUUACAGCAACCCCUAGCGACUGCCUACCAUUUCACCAGCCCGCGAGGCCCCUUAUCUUCUAUAAUGAGAGAUCAGGACAAACGAUCAUUAUUUUCUAUACUAAUUUUUUUUGUAUUUUAAAUUGAAGGGCGUCGGUCCGGUACAAAAUAUGGUUGGGUAGGGUUGGGUUUCAUGAUUCUAUGUUUCUUUUGAGAAUUUCCAUCCUCAGAGUGAAACUCACGCCAACCACGGUCCACGUAGGGUAUUGUGCGCCCUGACCACCGCCGUCGUUACGAACAAUAUAUAACGCGCACAUAGCAAUUUUUCUUCCAGAUUCAACUGUGGAAACGAUGAAGAAAGGGACCCAAACCCAUACUCCCACAGUGAAGUUGGGAUCCCAAGGACUGGAGGUAUCGAGGUUGGGUUUCGGGUGCGGUGGUCUUACCGGGAUCUUCAACGCGCCGGUGGCCGAGGAGGCGGGGAUUGCCAUCAUCAAAGAUGCUUUCAACAAAGGGAUCACCUUCUUCGACACCGCCGACUUUUACGGACUUGGUACCAACGAAAUAUUGGUCGGAAAGGCACUGAAGCAAUUGCCUCGAGAAAAGAUCCAGUUAGCUACAAAAUUUGGCAUUGCCAAGUAUGAGAAUGAUGUUCUGGAGAUCAAGGGGACGCCGGAUUAUGUGCGGGCGUGCUGCGAGGCGAGCCUCGCGCGCUUGGGCGUGGAGUGCAUCGAUCUCUACUAUCAGCACCGGGUCGAUCUGUCCGUACCCAUCGAAGAUACUAUGGGGGAGCUGAAGAAGUUGGUGAAAGAGGGGAAGGUGAAGUACAUCGGGCUGUCGGAGGCCAGCCCGGACACCAUUCGGCGUGCCCAUGCUGUGCAUCCCAUCGCUGCUGUUCAGAUGGAGUGGUCACUCUGGACCCGUGAUAUCGAGGAGGAAAUCGUCCCACUCUGCAGGAACCUUGGCAUCGGAAUAGUUACAUAUAGCCCUCUUGGCUGUGGGUUUUUUGCUGGGAAAGCGAGCGUAGAAAGCCUGCCUGCCGAAAGUAUAUUGGCUUACCAUCCAAGGUUCUCAGGAGAUAAUUUAGAGAAGAACAAGAUUCUACAUGCACGCUUUGCGAACUUGGCUGCAAGGCAUCAUUGCAGCACUGCUCAGCUAGCUCUAGCUUGGCUUCUACAUCAAGGGAAUGAUGUUGUUCCUAUCCCAGGCACUACCAAGAUCAAGAACUUGGAUGACAACAUUGGCUCUCUAAAAGUCGAACUUACCAAAGAGGAAUUGAAGGAAAUUUCCACUGCUUUUCCAGCCAAUGAAGUCGCCGGCCCUAGAACUGCUGGAGUUUUCAUGUCAUAUGUGUGGCAGUUAGCAAACACUCCUACAAAAGUUGAUCACUCGUCGUCUUAACAUGUUCUUGCAAAGCAGCCUUUUGAACCAUUGUGUUUUCCCUUAUGAAUCUUGUGAGCUGAAAGACUGAUGUAAUGGUGCCAAACAUAGGAACAACUUGACAAUAAUUCCAUGAUCCGUGAUUUCGAACUUAGUAAAAUUAGAUGGAAUUUUGCUGCUUAUAAUAA